AUGGACGUGUCACCUAACCAAUCAAAGGACGUGUCACCUAACCAAUCAAAGGACGUGUCACCUAACAAACCAAAGGACGUGUCACCUAACAAACCAAAGGACGUGUCACCUAACCAACCAAAGGACGUGUCACCUAACCAACCAAAGGACGUGUCACCUAACCAACGAAAGGACGUGUCAACUAACCAACCUAAGGACCUGUCACCUCACCAACCAAAGGACGUAUCAACUAUCCUAACAACGGACAUGUCAACAAUCAAAACAAAAGACGUGUCACCUAACCUUCCAAAGGACGUAUCGCCUAACCAACCAAAGGACAUGUCACCUCAACGACAAAAGUACGGGUCACCUAACCAAUCAAACAACGUGUCACCUAGCCAAGCAAAGGACGUGUCACCUAACCUACCAAAGGACGUAUCACCUUACCAAGCAAAGGAUGUAUCACCUAACCAACCAACGGAUAUAUCACCUAACCAACCAAAGGACGUGUCAACUAACCAAUCAAACGACAUGUCACCUUAA